AUGCAGGAGUUUUUCGCUGCGAGGCACCUAACAAACUGGAGUGCAACAGAAUUAAGGAACUUUAUUACCGAGAACAUCAAAGAAAGCAAAUGGCUGCUGGUUUUUCCGUUUCUAGCAGGACUUAUGGUGGAUAAAAAUGACCUACCAAGCGAAAUUAUCUCUAACCUUCUUGCUGUGAAAACUGAAGAAAAACAAAGCGCAGACUACAACGAACAGUGGACAGAGAAUGAAGAAAAAAGGAAAGUGACUCUCUGCCCGACUAAAGACGAACAAGAUUUAGCAGUGACAUUAAUUAAAUGUUUAAACGAAAAUAGUAGAAUGAAGAUAGAAGCACAGAGAAAACUUCCACAAAUAAACUCUAAUUAUGUAAAUUUUAUUUAUUGUCACCUCACAGCUGUUGAGUGCUCUUCGUUAGUAAAUGUAAUUAACGUUCAACAAAUUUCACAUUUAAAUUUGAGAUACAAAAACAUUGGUCUAUUAGGUUGUUUUGAGAUUUGUAAAUUGUUAAAAUGUGGGAAUUCUCAACUGAGCUGGUUAGACCUCACAAACAAUCAAUUGACAGAUGAAGCAGCAGAGUAUUUAGCUGAAGCCAUCAACAGCAACAACUGUCAGCUACGCACGUUAAACCUCAGAGAAAAUGACAUAUCAGACAUUGGAGCACAGCACUUGGCUAAAGCCAUCAACAACAACAACUGUCAACUACGCGCCUUAUACCUCUCAUACAAUAAAAUCUCAAACAUUGGGGCACAGCACUUGGCUGAAGCCAUCAACAACAACAACUGUCAUCUACACACAUUAAACCUCUAGGGAAAUAACAUCUUAGUCAUUGGAGCACAGCACUUGGCUAAAGCCAUCAACAAAAACAACCGUCAGCUACGCAUGUUAAACCUCUCAUUAAAUAACAUCUCAGACAUAAGAGCACAGCACUUGACUAAAGUCUUCAACAACAAUGUCAGUCAGCUACACACAUUAAACCUCUUAUACAAUGACACCUCAGACACUGGAGCACAGCACUUAGCUGAAGCCAUCAAGAACAACAACUGUCAGCUACACACAUUAAAUCUUUGGAAUAAUAAUAUCGCAGACAAUGGAGCACAGAACUUGGCUGAAGCCAUCACCAACAACAACUGUCAGCUAUGCACGUUGGACCUCGCAGCAAAUGAAAACACAACAGAGGCAGGUAAGCAAAAGGCAUACAAUUUACUUAGCAAUAAUCAGUCUAAGUGUGAGAUGAUCAUCUUGCGAAAUUAC